AUGAAAUUUGAGUGCAGGAGCAGACAAUAUCUUCUGCUAGAAAUUAUUUCGCCAAAUAAGCAUUAUGGUAGCGAAACGAGAUUGGAGUCGGAAAAUUGCGUUGGAAAAUUAGGAAGAACUAGCGAGGCAUUGAUUCAACGUAAACUUGAAGAACCUGGGAAUAUUUGCUGCAGUAGUACUCAGAACAGAACAAUACAUCUCAAAAAGUUUGAGGAAAAGAUGAAUUCCCAUUUAUCAGUAGUUGUGAAUAAUUUAUCAAAUAACAUAAUGCUUAGCAGUCACGUGCGCAAGCCCUUAAUCAAAUUCGUUGGUGCUCGACUUCCACGACCUCACUAUGAUCGGUCAACCUUAUCACCAGUGAUAUGUGAAUCAAAAUCUUCAUCAGUAUCUGAAAAGUUGCUUUCUUCAUCGAAUGUAUCACCAUCGGCAGUAAAAACUAACAUUCAACGAGGCGACUUAAUUGAGGAUUGGCAGCUACCUUCAUUUCUUCGUCGUAAGCAAAUAUCCGAGGAAGAAUGUCAUGUUAUCAAUAGUGGUGGUGCGUAUGGACUGGAUAAUUCUUCCUGA